UGAUCCUCAGAUCUACCACACGAUGCCCGUUUUUGAGACCGAACGAUCUCUCCUUAAUCCAAAAUUCGAAGGAUACAAGCUCGACGCCAUUGAUCAGGAUGAUGUCGUUGCUCGGUACCCUCUACCCCAUAUUCUAAAUCAGAGCUCGCCCGCGGGGAGAUCUCCUCUUUCAUUUCAGGAGGUGCAGAGUAGGAUACGACACAACCAUCUGGUCGUGGGACCGGAUGGUCGCUCUGUUUACAUUGACCAUGAUCUGAGAGUCAUAGCCGUCGACGUUGAUAUAGGGCCGUCCUUCGAGGUCCUUUAUGAAAUACCUAAAACUAUCAAGGCGUCCUCAGAUGACGGACCCCACAUGGAAUAUCCCUCAGCGACAUUCCUGGAUUCUACUACCUUGUUCGUUUCCGAUGGCCAGGGUACCCUUUAUGCGUUGCGCAUCGAGCAAUCCGGACCUGCCAAACUUCUGAACUCUUUUGAGCUGAAGAUACCUGAGGAAUACAAAUCUGUGUACAGUUCUGUGCCUUUCAAGCUACACCGGGCCGCGCUCUCGUCGGCACAAAUCGCUCUUAUUGUCCUCUCGUCGAAGCACUAUGGCAGCCUGGCAGGAGUAGACGAAGAGGAACGGACGAAACAGCCGACGCGGUCCAAAUACGACGUCUGGGCAGUAACAGUUGACCUCGAACAAAUACCUCAGGAUCAGCCCAUCAGUCUAGACGUUGGUUGGCACAGGAUCGGCGAUAGUGUUCCCCUGCAAGUCACUUACAUCGAGGCCAAGAAGGCGUUCAUACUCUUAGGCAACGGCGAAUACAGAUCAAUUUUAGCCCCUCCCGCAGGAUCGUAUGAGCCUAGCCAAGACGAAACUGUACCCAUACCUCACGCAGGAGAAAAUCUCGACGACACCAACAGGCAACGCACUGCCCAGGGUCUGCCAAAGCCAUUGCCGUACUCCUGGACACAGACGGAGGACUCAGUGACCGUUGCAUUCCCCUUGCCAUCUGUGACUUCAAAGGGGGACAUCAAAGUGACAUUUUCGCCUACCACACUCUCGCUUUUCGUCACAGACGAGGAAGACGUCCUGAACAAAAUAUCGCCAGUGCCGCUUCCGCGUUAUGCGCUGAAAAAGUUUUGGGACAGCAUCCGCACGACAACAAGUUUCUGGACGUUCGACAGGCAAGCGGAAAGCGCCUACGGCCUGCUCACACUGCACCUCGACAAGCAGCACGACGGCACGCGCUGGGCACAGCUCUUCGGGGCUGCGGGCACUGCGGACAACGAGCCCGAGGUCCUGGAGACCCUCGACCCCUCAGAGCUCUGGCUCAUCCGCGAGUCGCUCGAGAAGUAUACUGCGGCGUUGCAGAGUGGCGAGGACGCGAGCGGGCUUGGGCUCGGGCGCGGCAUGCCAAGUCUCGCGCAGGGCGAGAUCGAUGAUGAGCUCGACAGGGACAUCGGCGACAUGUCCCAGCUCACAUGGAUUGCUGUCGACGGCACGGAGCCCUCGUGGGCGAAGGCUGCGGGCGCGGACGAGCCGUUUACGCUGCUGUCCACGCCUCUCCCUGGAGAUGCGGCAUCGAGCUUGUCGCUGGUUAUCAAGCACGGCAUGGACGGGUGUCAGUUCGUGUACGACGGAGAAGGGCAGGCGUGGAGGCAUACCGCGACGUUCAACGUGCUCUCGUUCGUGCUCGCCUCGAAGCGCGACACUCGCUUCGUACACCAUCUAGCUUCGAAAGCUGUCCUUGCGUUCGAGAGCGGCUCGAGGAACCUCGGGGGCAAUGUAUACAUUUACCGGGGCCCCGCAAAGCGCACAGACAAGCAUGCCAAGCAGGCGGUAUUGAAAGUCGGCGAUGGGGCAGGUGGUCCUCUGCUUGGAGUAGGUGUGGUGCUCACAAAUGCAGGAAGAGAAGAAAUUCUUUGCCUGUGCCAAAAGGAAUUGGUGAUAAUACACAGUACAUUAUGAGGAAGGUACAAGUUCUAUGCUCAAUGUGGAGUUAUCAAAAGAUUCCCAGAUACGAAGAACAGUUGGUAUGCUACUACAAGCGCGGCAUCAUUGCAGGUCGUGAGCGUGAAGCAUAAUACGUGAAACAGCAACAAUCCGGGCCAAACACGUGCGUGAGAUGGACGGAGGAAUGAAUGCAGAAGGCGCGUAGCGAGGCAUAGAUAGAGCUAAGGUGUAGCCAGUACAACAAACAGAACCAGAAAGAGAACUGAUGAGAGCAGAGGAAAGAUCGUCCCGGAGACCAGAGAAGCGCAUAAGUGACUACGUCUUGAACGGGCUCUCGCUCGCGUCCAGGAGCCCUUCGGAUGUUGCAACUCCACUCGGUGCAUCACCACCCGCAAAUGCAGCAGCCCUCUGUGUCUGCGAGCCUCGAUGAGCUAUACAAUUUUUCAAUGAACACUAAACACGCACCUGUGCAUCCGGGGGCAACGCCCGUAUCUCAGCCGGCACAGCGUCGCCGUUGGGCUCUUUCGGUGGUGGUGGCGCCUCACCCUGGAGCUCACGGUCGCCUGAUGACGACCCGUCUACAUUCGUCCUGUGCUUCUUCGUCUGCCGCUCUUCCUCCUCGCGGUCGAGCUCGUCCAGCUGCGCUUUCAAGCUCUGCGUCGGAUCGUGUUUCAAGCCCGUUUCGAGGUCCACAUCCGAGCCAGGUGGCGUGUCCGUAUCGCUGUCCUCGUCCUCGUCCUCGGCCGGUGUAUUGAAUAGGCUCUCAGGUCGGAGCAAAAUCGUGACGCCGUUCGCCUGUUCUACACGUUGCGUUCCGGGGCCGGAAGGUUGGUCGUUGUUCUUUUCCUUGUCCUUCUCCGCCCAAUACCGUUGGCGCUCUUCCCACGCAGCCAUACGCCGACGGCUGCCCUCAAUUCGGCUCUCGGAGUACAAGCGAGGAAGCUCAAGGGGCGUAUAAUAGCCAUACCGUUGCUUGGCACGAUCGGUGAUCCACGCUUGCCAUUCCUGCUUCGUACGGCCGUGCAAAAGCGCCACGAUAAGGAUAGUCAUGUUGUCGCAGCCAAUGCCUGCUCCACCGAUGGUGUCUGGUGCCAGGCAGUGGUCGCAGAUGAUCUCGCAGAUCUCGCCGAGGUCCUUGCCCUCCGAAAUAAGGAAGCGUACAGCACUUGCCGCUUGCUGUGUGGUCAAGCAGUCCCAAAUACCUGUCGCAGAACUUCAAUCACGAGUCAAACUCAAGGCAUACUUGACACACCAUCGCACGCAACGAUAAUGAACUCAUCAUCCCCUGUGAUCUUGUGCUCGGUAAUCUCUGGAUCACAGGUGAUAAUCUGAUCUUCGGCAGGAAUGUUGUUGUUGCGCUUGUAAGUGAAAUCUCCGAGAGCUCGCGACAAAGAGAGGUUUCCUAAAAACAGGAUUAGAA